AUGUCCACUUCUGUAGUCAUCACCACCUUCUUCCUCUUAUUAGCCAUGGCUGCCUCCACCUUCUGCCUCCAACAGCCAAACCCAAUUCAGCUUGCCCUAGAUAGGGUUCUUCAAGCCACAGAUUGGGUCCAGAGUUCAAUUAAAUUACAUGAAUUGGGCAGCGAUGAUAUUUCAAAUGAUGGUGAUGUGGCUCUGAGAGACUGUGCUCAACUAUAUGAUGAGAGUGCGGCUAGGCUCAUGGUGUUGCUGUCCAACAAUGAGAGUUAUAGUGGUGAUGACGCACGAACAUGGCUCAGUGGGGUGCUUGCCAACCAGAGGACUUGUUUGGAUGGCUUGGAUGAGAAGGGUUUCAAUAAGACUGAUGAGCAUCGUGUCGUGGCAGAAAACUUGACUAUUGUGCUUGGUGAAGCUCUUGCUUUCUAUGGGAAGGGUAUGCAUGAGGAAGUACCACCAACGGAACAAAAACCCAAGCCCAAGCAAAAUGAAGGUCUUUUAGUAUCAUGGAGUCCAGGAACAUCCAGGGCUGAUUUUGUGGUGGCAAAAGAUGGUUCAGGAACACAUAGAACAAUCAAUGAGGCUGUAGCUGCACUUGUUCGCUUGGGUCACAGGCGACCCCCAAGAGUCAUAAUCUAUGUGAAACCCGGUGUGUAUCAAGAGAAGGUGGAGCUUCAUAGAAAUAUAGUAAAUGUGAUGCUUGUUGGUGCUGGCAUUGACAAAACUAUCGUCACCGGUAGUCUCAGCUAUCGCGGAGGUUUAACAACUCGAAACUCAGCUACAUUCGGUGUAUCAGGGGAUGGUUUUUGGGCAAGGGACAUAACAUUUGAGAACACGGCGGGUCCCGAAAUGCACCAGGCAGUGGCACUGAGGGUGAGCUCAGACGUCACAGUGUUCUACCGAUGCAGCAUCAAAGGGUACCAAGACACACUGUAUGUCCACGCGAAUAGGCAAUUUUAUCGCGACUGUCAAAUAUACGGCACGAUUGAUUUCAUAUUCGGUAACGCCAUUGCGGUGUUACAAAAUUGUGACAUUUUUGUGAGGAGGCCAAUGAACUCCCAAUCGAACAUGAUCACUGCGCAAGGCCGCGACGAGGAAUUGGUGACCACAGGGAUUGUAAUCCAUGGUUGUCGCGUUAGACCUGCACCAGAGUUUGCAAGGGUCACGGGCUCAUUUAGGAGCUAUUUGGGCAGGCCAUGGAAGAGGUUUUCAAGGACUGUGUUUAUGAAAACUGACCUGGAUGGCUUGAUUGAUCCAAAGGGGUGGACAGAAUGGAGGGGCAGCUAUGGACUUUCAACAUUGUUCUAUGGGGAGUACAUGAAUACAGGGACUGGGGCAUCAACUGAACAGAGGGUUAAGUGGCCUGGAUUUCAUGUGCUCAAUAGUCCUCAGGAGGCUAGCCCUUUCUCAGUUAAUAAAUUCAUUCAGGGACAGUUUUGGCUUCCAGCCACUGGUGUGCCAUUCUGGCCUGGAAUAUAA